UUUAUUUGCCAGCUGUGCAGUUUGUACCUCAAUAUACUUCAAUUUCACGCCUAGUUUUGGAAUAAUAAAGAAAAAAAAAGCAAAAAAUGCUUCCUAAAUUGAGAAUAUCAUCGUUUCUGCUAAAGCGACUGGAGCGUGUGAAGCUGCAGUGCAGCGGUUGUUUAUAUGGCGUAUUCUAUGGAGAUGGCACUUUGCUGCUCUUGAGCUUCAAUGUGGAGGCCAGCGUAGGUCAAUUGAACUAUGAGCACAUCCAGCACAAAUUCCCAGCCGAACUGGAUCUGUGCGGUUUUGUCAAUUUCGGCGACUGCACGGACACCGAAGCGAAUCUGAAUCAAGUGAUUUCAUCAGUGGACAUCACAGAUAAUCCUAUCGUGCUGCAAUGUCAACUUGGCACGUUGGUGGGUAUGAAGGCAUCGUUCCGUGUGCACGGCAAAUUGGAGCACGUCCCCUAUGAGGUCAUGGAGGCGCCACAGCUCUUCAAUGACUUUUGUUUUACGCGUUUGAAGUGCGGUUUCUUUUUGCACACACUGCCCACCCCGGAAGCCAUUGCCAGGGAGAUGCAUGUGCUGCGCAAGCGUGUGGCCGAUGGCAGUCUGGUCUUCAAUGUGGCUCAGACCAAAAUCUAUGUGAGCAGCAACUGUGGCACACAGCACAAGGGCUUCAACAGUGAAUCCCGCAUUGAAGAUCUCAUCGCUGAACUUCCAACGCCAGCUGAAACACCCAGUGGCAACAAGAAGAAGUCGCUGGCUACAGCAGCACAGCAGGUGAAGCACAAUGGCGCCGUGGGCUGUGACUACGAUGUGAUUAACAUUGAUGUGCUGCGAUGCCGCACCCGAGAACCGGCUGUGGGAGAUGCAGCUCCUCAACCAGCACUAAGCGUUUGCUUCACACAAGAGGAACCGAGCAAGGUGCAGGUGCCGUUGGAGCUAGAGGCCAUGGCCAUACUGUGCAAAAAGACGAAGCUAUUGCGGCUCUACGAUGUGCUCAUCGAGAGCAUCUGUCGUUCCUUGCGGCUAUUCGAGCAAUGCCUCAGCGAACGUCUCGUGGAGACGCAGGAAACGGCAACGGGUGCCCAAUUGUUGACGCCACGCAGCUAUCAUUUUUAUCCGCAGGAAUUUGGACACUUCCUGAGCUGUGCCUACUUGGAGGAUCUGGGCGACGAUGAGCCAAGUGUGCAGGAGAAACGCAAGCGUCUGCAUCGUCAGUUCGCCUUGCCCGCUACACGUCCGUACUUCAGGCGCGCCAAUCAAUGUCACUUCCAAACUGACGUGGCUGAUGUGGCCGCCGUCGAGACGGCAAACUGGACGCCGCUACUUAAUACGCAUUUGGGUGUGCGACCCAGCGGCGUGACCGAUGGCAAAGAGUAUCUGGUCAAUGGCAACUAUCAUUACUAUCACUAUUUGCAGCAGCAGGUGCAAGACAAGGGCUGGGGCUGUGCCUAUCGCUCGCUGCAGACGAUCUGCUCAUGGUUCUUGCUCCAGGGCUACACGGAGCGUGCGAUACCCACACAUCGCGAAAUACAGGAAUAUUUGCACAAAAUCAACGAUAAACCAGCCUCAUUUGUGGGCUCAUCGCAAUGGAUUGGCUCCACCGAGCUAAGCAUGUGUCUGCAGGGAUUCCUCAAUGUGGAUUCGAAGAUAUUGCACGUGGCUUCGGGAGCGGAGCUCUCAACGAUUGCCUCCGAGCUGGCGAUGCAUUUCCAAACGCAGGGCACACCGGUCAUGAUUGGUGGUGGCGUCUUGGCGCACACAAUCAUUGGAGUCGAUUAUUGUGUGCAGACGGGACAGGCUAAGUUCUUGAUACUCGAUCCACAUUAUACGGGCGCUGAUGAGUUGGCCACCAUUCAGAUUAAAGGUUGGUGCGGCUGGAAGGGUAUGGACUUUUGGGACAAGAAGAGCUACUAUAAUCUAUGCAUGCCCCAACGGCCGAUUCUAUACUGAACUUUCCAUUUUGUUUUUUCUUUUUGCAAUUUGCAUUUAAGUACGAUUUUUGUCAAGCUUUAAUGUGUAGCUGUCACGUUGUUUAUGUACUGUAUUUUAUAUAUUAUAUAUACU